UCAAAAUACAUUGGAUCAUCAUAUCCAAUAUAUCAUGAUCUGGAAUUUGCAAAUGCUGCUGUAAAAAACUUUAUAAGUAGUGAGCUAUAUAACCGGAUGGUCAGAGGAACAAUCAAAAUAAUGAAUGCACAUGCCUCAUUGAUGAAUCAGUAUCCAACAAGACAAGACCUUUUAGAAAUGUCAAAGUCUUUAGUUAUUAAAUACCCUUGCCUGAAUGACAAGACAUCAAAACAUAUUACAUUGUUCAACAAGUUAAGGAAAAGGUUUUAUAAUGAAAAACCAAUACAAAAUAAACGGAUUAAAAGUUUGAUAAAAACGACACUGAAAAAUGGAGGAGAAACUGAUGUUGGUUUUUCAUCGAGUCAGAGUGUGAGUGAAUUAGGUUCAUCACCACCUGUCAAAAGUAAGUUCAUGUUACAUAGCUAA